GCUGUAUCUGUCCCACGACUGGCCAACAGCCUACAUCAAAAGCUAUCCUCUUCUUCUUUGUAAUAAUCGUCUAGUCGCAUAGUGAAUGGCAGAGAGCAAGGGUCCCACAACUACCGGCGGUUCAGUGAACAAGCUCGCCAUGUCUCGAGCGCUCGGGGCAGCAUUUCUAAGCCAUCAAGUCGAACAGCUGGAAAAAUCGGUUACACGUGGGCCAGCAUCUGGAAACUGGAGAGACCGUCGUCAUCCGCAAGCCGACUUGGGUAAUACCAACCGUCGCGGUGUUAUCAAUCAUACUCCCAAGCAGCGCCCAUCUUCAGGCAAUAGGUCUGCGAAGAAGUCUGUCGGUGAAGCUGUACCUGAAAGAGAGCACAGUGAGGCCAAGGUGCAAAAGCCCAGGAAAUCGAGCCAGGAGGCGAGGGGUGACAAGGACGCUGAUAUAGUAGUGGUCGAUGCGAGCGUAUUGGUACACGCCCUCCACCAGGUGAAGAAAUGGUGCAGAGAUGGACGUGAUGAAAUCGUUAUUGUACCCCUUGAAGCCUUGAAUACUCUUGAUUUACUCAAGAAGGGAACAAGUCCUCUCGCCCAGCGCGCGCGGUCAGCUUCACGAAUUUUAGAGGCUCAAGUUGGCACAAAUCCUCGUAUCCGUGUCCAGCGGGAUGAUGCCUUCGUUCCGUGGGACCGCAUCGAGUUCAAGGACUUGUCACCUGAUGAUGCCAAGGACAAGGCUACGUUACAGUCGCUGCACCUAUCUGGUUCUCCAGAGUGGGUUCGGCGCAUGAUUUGUUGCGCACGUUGGGAAGUUGAUCACGUCGCUGAAACUCGUGCUUCAACGAACGACAAACUCAAAGUCGUUCUUGCUAUCCUUUCCCCUUCUGCUGCUCCAGCUCAGGUCUGUCGAACCGAGGCAAUGCCCGAAGUAUCAUCUCCAGUACCCCUUCCAGCUCCGAGUCCACACACUCACAAAUAUGAACCUCGUUCAGCUGGCCUAUUGAUUGGACACUGGGCUACCCGGGCUGAUAUCACUCUCUUAGAAGUAGAACCUUCCUCAGCGCCACUUGUUCCACCUUCAUCGAACCACCCUCGUAACCUUGAUGAUGACGACAGAGGAAAACGACAGGCCGGUCGAGGUAGACGUAAUUCCCAUACCGCUCAGGGGGGUCUUCCUGUCGCUCGAGGCACCGGGCUAGUGGAGCGCCCUGCUGCCGUCAUGCAAAUGAUGGAAGUGAUCUCUCAGCCUAGCAAGGUCGUCCGCGUUCUUGCUCGAGGCGAGAAACUAGAACCAGACCCAUAAUCCUAAUUAUGUGGCAUCUUUGAGUACAAGAUAUGACUGUUCCUCGGUUCCAAGGCUGUUCCAGCUCCGUCUCGAUUAACGACGUCAUGGAAAGUAUUGGAAGCCUCACAGAUCACCCAUACUCGCUCUGCCUCUCAUUCCUCAGAGCAUGGAUUCUGCAGGAAAUAUCUCCAGGCAUCUUUGUGUGGUCUCUUUGCUUCGAGUCUAACCACAGCAGUUACGGAACUAGUGUUCACGAUAACUUUUUACUGGUUCCUAUCAUCCUACAAACACUUUGUUUCACUGUCUGCGGACUGUCCGAUGUGCCCCUACUGUGUAUGUUCUAUGUCCUUAUGGUCCCAUUUCUCGAAAUAAACUAUAUAUUCAUGUCCCUGGC